CGCGAGAGUUCGAGCUUAUCGCCCUAUCUCCUCGCGUGGGCGGUGACGAGAUCUCGCGAGAGCUCGUGCCGCCGGCGGGAGCAUCAUGGCGGCGGCGUUGACGGCGGCGCGGCGGAGGGUGAUGCGGGCCGCGCUGCGGCCGCGCGCGGUGUGGAUUCCUCAGGCCGGGAUUUCCCACGCUGUGGAGCGGCUCCACCUCCCCUCCCAACGCAGCAUCCCCCCCCCAGCCAAGUACGGCGGGCGGCACACGGUGACGCUGAUCCCCGGCGACCGCAUCGGCCCCGAGCUCAUGCUGCACGUCAAGGAGGUGUUCAGGUGCGUGCCACGCCCACCAAUAUGGAACAUCGAGACCAACCACAACCUCCCCCCCAGCCACAAAUCCCGCAACAACCUCAUCAGGACCAGCCUGGAUCUCUACGCCAACGUCAUUCACUGCCAGAGCCUGCCCGGGGUGGAGACGCGGCACCGGGACAUCGACAUCCUCAUCGUCAGGGAGAACACCGAGGGCGAGUACAGCUCCCUGGAGCACGAGAGCGUGGCGGGCGUUGUCGAGAGCCUCAAGAUCAUCACGGCCGGGCGCUCGCGCCGCAUCGCCCACUACGCCUCCGGGCUGGCCCGCGCCGCCGCGCGCCGCUGCGUCACCGCCGUGCACAAGGCCAACAUCAUGAAAUUGGGGGACGGGCUGUUCCUGCAGUGCUGCCAGGAAGUGGCGGCCGAGUACCCCGAGAUCACCUUCCGCAGCAUGAUCGUGGACAACACCACCAUGCAGCUGGUGUCGCGGCCCCAGCAGUUUGAUGUGAUGGUGAUGCCGAACCUCUACGGGAACAUCGUCAACAACGUCUGCGCCGGGCUCGUGGGGGGACCGGGGCUGGUGCCGGGCGCCAACUACGGCCACGACUACGCCGUGUUCGAAACCGCCACGCGGAACACGGGCAAGAGCAUCGCCAACCGCAACAUCGCCAACCCCACGGCGGCGCUGCUGGCGGCCUGCAUGAUGCUGGACCACCUCAAGCUGCACAACCACGCCUCCACCAUCCGCAAGGCCGUGCUGGCCUCGCUGGACGACCCCCGGACGCACACGCCGGACAUCGGGGGCCAAGGCACGACGUCGGGGGCGGUGCAGAGCAUCAUCGGGCACCUGCCGCGGGGCUGAGCCGGACACACGGACACCAGGGGGACGGACGGACACCGGGACGGCGCCGGGCACCCCCCCGGAACAGCCCCAGACCCUCCCCAAAUGGCCCUGGGACCCCCCUGGAAGACCCCCAGGAGCACAAACCUGACACCCCCAGGACCCCCCUUGAAACCACUCCUGGGAGCCCAAAAGCCGCCCCAGGACCCCCUAGAAGACCCCUAGGACCACAAAACACCCCCAGGAUCCCCCAAAACAUUCCCUGGACCCCCUAGAACACCCCCAGGACCACACAACACCCCUGGAACCCCCCAAAACACCCCUGGGACCCCCCAGGACCACACACCUGACACCCCUGGGACCCCCCAGAACACCCCCAGGACCACACAACACCCCUGGGAACCCAAAAGCACCUCCAGGACCCCAAAACAUUCCUGGGAUCCCCCCAGGACCCCAAAUCACCUCUAGGACCACACACCUGGCACUCUCGGGACCCCCCAGAACACUCCUGGGACCCCAAAACCACCCCCAGGAACCCCAAAACAUUCCCAGAACACCCCCAGGACCACCCUCCUGACACCCCUGGGACCCCAAAACACCUGCAGGACCUUUAGGACCACGAUGCACCCCAAGGGACCCCAAAACACCUCCAGAACCACCCAGGACCCCAAAAUCAACUCUGGGACCCCCCCAGCACUCCUUAGGACCCCCCUGGCGCCCUUCAGGACCGCAGCACACACUCGGGGGUCGCACCAAGAGCAGCCCAAACCCCCCACGGGACCCCAGUGAACACCCCAGGACCACCAGGAACCCCCAGACUCCCACAGGACCCCAAUGAACACCCCAGGACCACCAGGAACCCCCACGGGACCCCAAUAAACACCCCAGGACCACCAGGAGCCCCCACGGGACCCCAAUAAACACUCCAGGACCACCAGGAACCCCCAGACCCCCCCACAGGACCCCAAUAAACACCCCAGGACCACCAGGAACCCCCAAACCCCCCACAGGACCACCAGUACCCCCACAAACGAUUCCAAUAAACACCCCAGGACU